AAAUAUUAAAACCUGUGGGCGGGAACGCGUGGCGCUUACUUUGCAAGCGAGCGGGGAGAUUCGGAGCGGCGCGGUUUGCUAAGAACGUGUUGUCUCAUCAUGACGGCGGAUUUAGCGGACACAGAGUGGUGUCCCCUACUUCAGGAAACAGACGAGUGCAAGGCUGAUGGCCACAGUGAGGAUGAAGAAGCCACCACUCUGCUUCAAGAAAUGGUUGAAGAAGAUGAGGAGAUUGACUUGUACAAUGAAGAGACGUUUCGUUUGGAUAUGGAAUCUGGAGGUGAGGAAGAUCCUGCUGACCUCUUUGUGUUCUGUGGUGAAUUCUCCCAGUUUGAAAAGGGUGCCUCAAAGGAUCUUUCAAAAAUGAAUGGGGAGCCCCCUAAACCACCAGAGGUGCAACAGGCUGCAGGCCAGCCGGCACCUCAGCGUCUUCCAGUAACUAAAUCCCAGCCUGCCCCUGCUUUAUCUAAAGUCCCAGUGGCUCCCAGAACUACAGGCCGCAUAGAAAUGCGUGGGGAGCGCAGGCGGGAGCUGAGCAAGAAGAUGGAAUUCCAGGAUCCAGCCGUUCUCAAAAGUAUUAAAGGCAAACCCACUUUAGAGAGCCUGGACAGUGCAGUGGUGGAUAGUGGCAUCAGUUCAACGUGGGAUGAGAUGGAUCUGGAAGCUGAAGACACUGCUGCCAUGAAGGUGAUUGACAGAACCUUGGAGCAAAGGAUUCCACCCACCACCCUGGAUUUCCUGUCUUCUCCCCUGACCCAUCAGUACCCUGAAGUUUCUGCUCCAAAGCAUGCACCACAAGGCCACCUGUCACCAAGAGCUUUCAGUCCCCGUUACAUGCAACAGGUGCCAGCUUGUCCCAUGAUGCCUCGCUCACCUUUAUGUCCAGUGCGGCCUUACUCUUCUCAGACUAGAUUUGGUCAGCCCAGCAGAUACCUUUCUCCUUCUUCUUUCCGACCCACUUCCUCAAACAUCAGUACGCCCACCCGACCUCUAACCCCAAAGGUCCUGCAGAUGCGAUUUGGGCCAAUGUCGCCUUCUCCGGGCCCUGCGCCGUUUUUCAGUCCUCCAGCCAAUCCACUACAGAGAUUCAGGUUUCCUGGUCAUGUCACUCAGCUUCACCCGCAACACAGAAGAAUACUCAGUCAGAGACAGCAGAGGACUCAAAGUUCCAUGAGAAAGCAAAGAGAACCUCGAUCUGACCCAUAUGCCAACAUUAUGUCUGCAAAAGAGAAGGCCUGGGUGAUUCGACUGCAGAUGAUUCAGCUUCAGAGUGAGAACCCACACUUAGAUGACUACUAUUAUCAGGCUUACUACCAGAAGCUUGAGGAGAAGUUGACAGAAGAUGAGCUGCUAGGUGACAGAGCCAAAAAAGAGCCACCAAAACUCAUGACGCCAUAUGUGCAGAAGGCAGAGAUUUAUGAGCCAGUUGUUCACAUAGAGGGUUCAUUGGGCCAAGUCGCAGUUUCCACUUGCUAUUCACCCCGUCGUGCGAUUGAUGCAGUCCAUGUGCAUUGUCAGGAGGAGGAUCUCAAGGACAUUGGCCAUCGAAGACUAGGAGUCUUAAACUUGAUAGAGAAGAUGUUCAUGACACUCCUUGAGGUGGAAGAACUGCAGAAGAAAAUGGCUGUUUUGCCUGAAGAAGAGAGAGUUCGCUUCCAUGACACUCUGACUUGUAAAGUCAACCAGCUCUUUCACCUUUUAAAAGAGGGCUUCCAGGAAUCCUGCCAUGAACUUGACGCAGAAUUCCUGCCAGUCCUGUUGGUAUCCAAGGGCAAGCGUUUGAUUGCCAGGCUUCUGUCCUUUUUGCCUCUGGAAGCAGCUCUUGAGAUCCUUGUGGCAGUGUUGAAACAUCUUCCACUGUUAAUGGCCCAAGAUGCAGAAUGUUCAUAUGAGGCUCUUCCAGUGUUGUACACUCCCCUCUGUACAGUGAUUGGCCACCUCUCCUUCACUCAGCUUGUUCAGGUCCUGAAGGAAUUCACAGCACCACUACCUGAUUCUACAGACACACGCCUGUCUCUUGCAUGUCACAACAAGUUUGCAAUCUCUUUCUUGUAUGCAUUGCUUAGCCAUGGUGAGAGGCUCCUGUCUGCAGACACACCUAUAGAGCCAGGCAUUGAGGAAUUUGAUAUAUGGACUGAUACUGUGUUUUCCGUUGCAAAGCAGCUCUCCCAUUCUUCGUUGGUGGAGCCCUUACUCCUUCCAUCAAACCUGCUCUCCCUUUUCUGUCGCUAUUUGGAUAAGCAGGCUGUUGUGCAGCUGGAAGGUACUAUUGAGCGUCCAGGAUCAUUGCCUGUCCAGUAGAAACCCUACUUAUGCCUUCUAGAGAAAUGGUUUCGGGAAAUGGCUUGGUGCUCUAUUGCCAUUUUCCUAGUGCGAGUGGACAUACAGUAGAGAUUUUAAGUGCAAAUGCAGCACCUUGUUGGGGU